AAGUAUAGUUCUGGAAUGCGUUUACCCUUGAAUGCAGUGUUUACUAAAAAAAUGAGACGGUUUAUUGACAGAAGUAAACAUUUGAUGAUACGUCUGUCUUUGAGAGGGUGUACAAACAGACCAUUCUAUCACAUAGUUGUUCAGAAAAAUAGAUCUCCAAGGGACAAGCAGAUUAAGGAUCAAAUUGGAACGUUUGAUCCUUUGGUGAAUCAAUUUGGAGAAAGAAUUGUUGCUCUUGACUUUGAUAAAUUACGAUACUGGACAGGAAUGAAUGCAAAAUGUUCCACUCCUGUGCUACAGUUGUUAGGAUUGUCAGGAUUUUACCCAAUACAUCCAACAACCAGACUGCAAGCUAUGCGGAUACAGAAGAAAGGAGAAGAAGAAAAACUUAGAAAACAAUCAAAUUCUGAAGAGAAGACACAAGAAGCAGCACAAGAAAAAUAAAAUACAUUUUUCAUUUUUUGUAUUGUUAGCAUAUUAAAUGUUCAGUGUUAAUGCACUCUGGCUUGAUUGGGUUUAAUGUUUCUGUGGACAUGUGAUCCUUUGAAGUCUCAUCGCAAUUGUUAUAAGAUAAGUGUUUUCAGUCAAUAAUAUGGCUUAUUUAAAAAAAAAUCCUUAACCAUGUUCCAUUUGUGGAAAAUAUGUCAGCUGCUGAUGUACAGGCUUAACAUAUGAGUAGUGUGCUAAGAGGAUUCAUUUCAACGAAAAAUGUCAUAAAGCGGAAAGUGGCGUCCCUGAUAUGCCUGUGUGGACUACACAGGCUAAUCUGGGACAACACUUUCCGCACAAGCAUUAUGCCCAGUUCUCUCUGAACACGACUCCUAUAAUACUACGGAUUGUUUGUUAUACCGGAUCUUGCAUUCAACUGUCUUAUUUCUGAAAUAAAAUAUGUGUUCAAUUUCUACAUCAACAUUUUAUUCUCGCAAUCUGUAGCCAAUAUAUGAAAAUGAACAAAGAAUGUUACAUACAACAUAUAAGCAAUCUUUAUAUGGCACCAUUAAUGAAAGAUUGUAACAAACAACUAAACACUUAUACGCUAUGUCUGAUAAGAAGAUGUUUAUAAGUCAAUCAAUAUUUGAAAACUUUUUCCCUGCCUAGGUAUCUUGAGAUUGAUAUGAUAUAGGAUCAUUGAUAAUAUUUUGUCUUGUUAAAAUAUUUGCUAAAAGAAUGGUUCAGAAUUAAAUACUUGGUUAAUUUUCAUAAAGUUUGAUGUUUUCAUAAAUGUUUACUGUAUCUUUUUAUGCCACCGGUAGUGUGGCAAAUAGCAGUUGAACUGUCAGUCAGUCUGUCUGUCAGUCUGUGCGUCUGUCCGUAAACUUUAACAUUGGCCAUAACUUUUGCAAUAUUGAGUAGCAACUUUAUAUUUGGCAUGCAUGUGUAUCUCAUGAAGCUGCACAUUUUGAGUGGUGAAAGGUCAAGGUCAUCCUUCAAGGUCAAAAGUCAUAAAAUACAAUCCCAGGGGAUGUAAUAAGCUUUAAAAGGGAGAUAAUUUCAAAACCUGCCAAAUGAUAUAUUGAAAUUUUAUUUCAAAGCGGCGCAAAAGGGGGCAUUGUGUGGCUGACAAACACAUCUCUUGUUCUUUAAGUCUUAAUCAUGUUUUAUUGUGUACUAUCAGAAGUUAUAGACAUCCAAAAUAAAUUGUAUUGAUCAUUUGAGUUACCACAUAAUCAUAAGUCAGUUUAUAUUAAAAAGGUAUUUUUAUACCCAACCAAAGGCU